AUGGAGCCUGCUGAUGCUAUUUGCCUUCUAACCGAGCUCUCUGGAAUCACUGACAAUGACAUGGGAGAAAACGUAGCCCACGCAUUGGAUUACCAGCCACUUGCACUAGCCAGCGCAGGAGUGUACGUGAGAAAGGUGCGAAAUACCAAUCCAAAGUUCGGCUGGGAGGGGUACUUAGAAAAACUAGAGAAAGGCAAACGUGAACUCACUGAAAAGGAACUUGCCAAUGUAAACAAUAUCUACCCAAACUCUAUGACUGUAGCGACCAAGAUAGCUCUUAAAACGGUAAUGGAUUCUGAUGAAAUAAUGAAGCACGCUUUCACUUUUCUUGCAUUUUGUGCACCAGAGCCAUUGAGGUUAGACGUGUUAACCACUUACGUUGUAAAUGCUGAUGAAGAACUGGAUGAAGAGGACAUAGGCAUUCAGAUUCAAGAAUCCUCUUUGUUGCUAAUCGAAAAAGAGGAUAAUGUCAACAUUCGUUUACACAAGGUGGUACACUAUAUUGUCAAGCGUUUAGUUAAAGACCAAAUGGAGGCUAAUGAACAUGCCCGCAAUGCUUGUCUCGCAAUCGGGUCAUGCAGUCAAUACCUUCAUAAAGCAAUACCAGAGAUCCUGCGAAGUAAGGAUUCCGUCGGUGGAAGCAGACAUAUUGUUCCACACGUAAAAACUCUAGCUGUAGAAAUUACAAAUAUUAUCUCUACUGAAGAGAAAUUCGAUCUCAUCAAAAACUCUAUUCUAAAUAUACACAAUUCUAUAUAUAACUUUGAGACGCUUGGUCACGUGUGCUUGUUACAUAGCGAAUACAUGUCAGCAAUGAAUUUUUUUAGUGUAGCUUUAAAACUCAUUGAAGACAACACGAUAAGGACAGAGCCCGACCAUGGACAUGUUAAGCGGGUCUCGUGUAUUUACCAUAACAUAGGUUUCCUUCAUUGUCAAUUAAGUGACUAUCAACAGGGCAAGGAGUAUUUUGAACGUGCCUUGUCCAUACAACUUAAUACGCUUAAACCCGACCAUGAUGAGGUCGCGACUAUUUACCAUAACAUGGCUACCCUACAUCACGACCUGGGUGACAAUCAGCAGGCCAAGAAGUAUUAUGAACGUGCCCUGUUCAUACGACUGAAUAAGCUUGGACCCGACCAUGUUGACGUCGCGACUACUUACCAUAGCAUUGGUAUCUUACAUCGCAACCUGGGUCACAAUCAGCAGGCCAAGAAGUAUUAUGAACAUGCCCUGUUCGUACAACUGAAUAAGCUUGGACCCGACCAUGUUGACGUCGCGAGUACUUGCCAUAACAUGGGGAACCUACAUCGCAUCCUGGGUGACAAUCAGCAGGCCAAGAAGUAUUAUGAACAUGCCCUGUCCAUACAACUUAAGCUUGGACCCGACCAUGUUGAGGUCGCGACUACUUACCAUAACAUGGGUAUCCUACAUCACGACCUGGGCGACACUCAGCAGGCCAAAGAGUAUUAUCAACGUGCUCUGUAUAUUACAUUGAAUAAGCUUGGACCUGAUCAUGCCAAGGUCACCAAAUUGUCCCGUUUAUUAGCUGAUGUGCAGCGUGUUUUGGAUUCCCAGCAGCAGGCGCCUGAUCAUCAUGAACGUACACAGUUGAAUCAGCCGCAAAAGCGUGGACCGGAUCAAACUGAUUUCGAAUUUGCUAAUUGCAAGAGGCGUCGCUAA